AUGCCUGAGUAUAGGCUGCUUCCCGAGGGUUUUGCGGACAACAUACCCAGAAUAUCUCAUUUCGACCCUAAUGAAAUUUUCGAGAACCUGCACACAAUUAUUCAUGAAAGAUCCAAUGGGGAUGGAGAAGUAGUGGAACAUUUCGAGUAUGAGCAACAAUUGGAUAAGUCCCUACUUUCUCGGACGUCAGUUAUAGGGCUUGGAUUUGGUUUAAUGAGUCCAGUUCUAGGAAUGUGUACUAGUAUGGGUAUUGGUCUUUUAAAUGGAGGACCUUUAACAAUUAUGCUUGGAUUUCCUAUUUGUGGAUUCUGUACAUACUUGUCGGCCUUAUCUCUUGGAGAAAUUGUUUCCAAGUACCCCAUGGAAUUACAUGGUGCAAGUGCUAUGAUUGCACCAGAUUCUCUGAAGGGAGUUUGUUCAUGGUACACUGGUUGGCUAAUGUUAUUGGGAAAUUGGUUCAUGAGCAUAGGAGUGACAUUUGCUGGAGGUCAGCUUAUCAUUUCUUUGAUUACAAUGAACAAUACAAACAUCAUUGCAGAUGUUCAUCUGGGUAUCUACACCGUCCUAGUGUACUACGGUGUUGUUACAAUUGUAGGGGUAGUGAACUUGAAGUACUCCCGUUACGUUGAAGUGAUAAACAAGGUGUGCACUUAUUGGAUCAUUUACGCCGUUAUCUUUAUAGACAUUUUACUUCUUUUGUUUCAUCAAGAUAAAUUUCGAUCCCUCUUCUAUGCGCUAUUUCAUUUUGAUAAUAAAUUUUCAGGUUAUAGCAGUGCAUUUCUUUCUUUUCUCGUUGGUUUUCAGCAGUCUAACUUUACUUUACAAGGUUUCAGUAUGCUUCCCGCUUUGGCAGAUGAAGUUAAAGUUCCUGAAAAAGAUAUUCCUCGAGGUAUGUCAAAUGCUGUCCUGAUAUCCACUGUAACGGGUGUAAUUUUUCUUCUGCCGAUCAUGCUGAUAUUGCCAGAUACGGAAAGUUUGUUCAAAAAUCAACAGGCUCUGCCUAUUGUUAAUAUUUUUACCCAGUCUACUGAAUCAAAAUUUGUGUCAAUUUUUCUAGUAUUAAUGAUUCUAGGUAAUUUGUUCUUCUCUGGAAUUGGUGCAAUCACAGCAUCAUCUCGUGCGGUAUACAGUUUUGGUCGUGAUCAUGCUAUACCGUUCCAUGAACUUUGGACAUAUGUGAACCCGAAAUCAGAAUCAAAGGUACCAAAAUACUCAAUUUUGUUGAGCAUGGGCGUUUCAUAUAUUUUAGGACUUUUACCUUUAUUUUCUACGGCUGCUUUCAACGCUUUUAUUGGUUGUGCUGUGUUAUGCCUUUGUUCAGCAACAUUAAUUCCAUUGGUAUUAACUCUUUUCACAGGCCGGAGAACACUAAGGAAUGCUACUAUUAAAAUUAAAUAUAAGCUGGGGUGGGUCGUCAACAUUGUAUCAGUAUUUUGGUUAUUGCUUGCUAUGUUUUCUGUAUGCUUACCUCCGCAAGUACCAGUUACCGCGAAAACUAUGAAUUAUGCUAUCAUUGUGUUUGUCUUCUGUUUUAUCUGUAUCACUAUACUAUAUUAUAGAUGGGGUAAAUCAAGAUUUCAAUUGCCUUUGGUGGACAAGCUUGUGGAGGGGAACUCUGACCAGGACUCAGUACGUGCAUCAAAAAACAAUAAGAAUAAUUUGAAUGAAGAAUCUUCUUUUCAAAACGAUGACACAUUGGAUGAAACGAAUUCACAGAGCAAGAGUGGUUCUACUUUUGGAAUCGAAGAAUACGAUUUAGGGACAUGA